CGAUUAGUUCACGCAAAACCCAAAAACGAAAAAAAAAAAAUCUUCAUUGAGUGUUAACUACGGAAAAUAUCUGACGAAUUCGUCGCGAAAUUUCGUCCUCUUUUUUUCGUCAGAAACGAACUAAGCAGCGGGGAUCUCGGGAUAGCGAAUCCCCAGAUUCGGACUCGAUCUCGCUCCCCUCCGAUGGUCCGUCUCCCGGCUGCCGGCGGCGACGGCGACGGCGGCGGCGACGGCGGCGGCGUCCUCAACCUGACCUAGAAGGAAGAAGGUGUGAAUCUCUGCUUUCUCGCGCGAUCCGGCGGCGGCGGGAUGCAGUACCACCAGGGCGGCAGCCGCAUGCCGCCGUUCGCGCGCGGCGGCGCGUACAGCCGCGGCUACAAGCAGCUCUACGCGCCGCCGCAGCAGCAGCCGCCGCCGCAGGACAAGCACGAGGUGCUCAUGGAGGCGGGCCGCCUGGCGGCGGAGUACCUGGUGGCGAAGGGCGUGCUGCCGCCGGCCUCCCUGCAGCGCCGCGGCGUCGGCGGCGGGGGAUGGGUCCAGCUCCCGCCUCCGCCCCCGCCACCUCCGCCGCCGCAGGGAACCCUGGCGUUCUAUGGUGCCCAGAAUGGCCGGCGGCGGUUGGAUGAUGAUGAUGAUGGUAAUCCUAACCCCCGCUCGCGGCGGAACCGCGGUGGUGAGAACAAUAAUGAUGACAGUAGUAGUAGCUACAAUGGUAGAGGGAAGAGGAAAUUCGGUGCUUACAGUAGGCAUUCGGAUUGGGGGAGGGACAAGGGGAGGAGUAGGGGGAAUUCGGAUAGCCGGAGUUACGAUGAUGAGGAUGAUGACGGGCCUCCUGGUUAUAGGAGAGAGCGGCGAGGUGGUGGGAGAUUUGAUGAUGCUGGGAGUAGCAUGUCGGGGGUGGCAGCGUCUAAGACGGAGGCCAUGGGGGAGUCGGAGCUGGAGGAUACUGGGUCGAAGGUGGGCUCUAGCAGUAAUUUCAGGAAGGAUGUCGAUCCGCCACAAGAAGUGGAGGGCGUUGAUAAGUUGAAUAAGAUUAAUGAGGAGAGUAAUCCAUCAAAUUCAGAGGUGGUGGAGCAAAUGACUAAUGGUGAGAGCACUAGUAAUAAUGCUUCUUGUAUUGUUAUUGAUGAGGAACAGACGAAGGCAAAAUAUUUGCCUGUGCCCUCAGAUGACAAGGUUUCAGAUGAGAAGCCUGACGAUAGUAGUGUUUUGAAUGAGAAGAUUGAAGAUGACGAGACUUUAGCUGAGAAAGCUGAAGAUGAUAAGACUUCUGAUGAGAGGGUACCAGGUGUGAAGAAUAACUUGCGUGAUGAUUGUAAUAAUUUGCUGAGCUAUUGCAGUUAUCCAAAUGUACCGACAAGGCGGCGAUCAAUAGUUGCACACAGGAAUGCAGCACCAGCCCAUAGGGAAGUUGCUGUUGCCGAACAGAUUGAUCUGGUUUCCUCUGAAGAUGAAACCCAUAUGGCCACUGAUGUUACAGGGCAUGGCAGCUCCUUGACUAAUACCCAGGAAGGCAACAAAGAUGGCCUUGCCUGCUUGGAACAUACCGAUACAAGCACUACUUGCAAUCAGAUGGUGGAGCCAGUAAGAUUCCAGACAGAGGAAACACAGAUUGGAACUGAUGAUUUGAGAGGACAGAAAAACAUUGAGCAACAUUAUGCAGUUCACGAAUCUAGGGAGGAGAAUAUGUUACCUCCUAAAGUGGGUGUUCAGCAGCAAGUUGAGGAAGGAAUGCAGAUUUACAAUGUUGAUACACCGCCACAAGAUGAAGACUUGAUUGCUUCAGCUGAUAAAGAGAAAGUAGCUGGUGUGGCAUUAUUACCUAGUAUCAAAGCUGAAGCUGUUGUUGCGAAGGAAGAGGACAAGUUUGGUCAGUCAAGUUCAUUUAAAAUAUGUGAUCUAAACCUAGUUGGUAGUCCAGAGGUUGCUGAAUUACGAAAUGAUCCUGGUUUGGGUCAAUUCUCAACUGCUGGAUGUUCAAUGGAGCCACAAAAUCAGCAACAAGAGUUUAGAAAUACGGGUAACAGUGCAGAUGAUACCAACAUGCAUGCCCAAAUUCCAUUGCACAAUAAGGUGGUUCAAGUUAUUGAUCUUGAAGAUGACUCGCCAAUUGAAGCUGGUGCAUGUGAUACUUCAAAAGCAAAAGAGGAAAACAUGGCAAACCCUGCUGUGACCACAGAUGUUCUUCCUGGUAUCCAAGAUGGAUAUAAUUUUGCGAUUUCAGAUUAUCUUGGUGCUGAUAUACCAUGCUACCAACCAAUGCAAACAGAUCUUCCCAAUGGGAUGAGCCUAAAUGAUUCAGAGGGCAUUACUGUCAUGGAUGAUUCAAUAUAUGGUUCUCUUAGCGAUAUCGGUUUUAUGGAGGUUUGGGACCAGCAACCUCAGGACUACGAGAAGUUCUUCUGACCAGGCGCCAAAUUGCUGUUGUCAGUGCUGUGACAGUUCUGUAACCCUGUAACUGCAAUAAUCAGAAAAACACACACACACAACACACAUACAGGCACCCAUGGUGGCCAUAUGAUCCAGGCCAAUGUCCUGUCUAACUACACAUCAUAUAUAGCUGGAGCCUUUGAUCCUUCCAGGUCAAUAUCAACAGAGCAUUCAUCCUAAAAAGGAUUGUUCUUGUGUAAACAGUUCGACAAGUUCAUGUACCGUGAAUACAAUUUACUCUACAACUCUAGAUAUAAAUACAUUGUUUCACCUCGGAAAGGAAAAUAAGAAUACAUUGUUUGAUUA